GCGCCGCCGGUUCUGUUUCUUCCGCGGCGGUCGAGCCUUCCGGAUCGCCGCGCUUCCUUGCCGCCCUGGGUCGCGGACGGCGAGCCAGCGGUUGGCCUGCCAGGCCUGUCUAAUCUUCGGCUGAAAGGUGGACUACGGGAGUGGCUUCCUAGGCUGGGGGUUCCUCCCGUCUCUGUCAGACAAAUGUAAAGGCCCAGAUUCCAAGGUGGAGGAAGGAUUGAGCAUAUUGCUGGGUGAAGUGUGUGAUCCAUUUAACCAAAGGGCAGAGAUGUCGGCUGAUUUGUAGGAAUUGCUUGAAACCAGAGUCAUGGUGGAUGUAGGAAAGUGGCCCAUCUUCACUCUGCUCUCACCUCAAGAAAUUGCAUCUAUUCGGAAAGCAUGUGUCUUUGGCACUUCAGGCAAUGAAGCACUGUAUGUUACUGACAAUGAUGAGGUGUUUGUAUUUGGAAUGAACUAUAGUAACUGUCUGGGGACUGGAGAUAAUCAGAGUACACUUGUACCCAAAAAGCUAGAAGCCUUAUGUGGAAAGAAGAUUAAAAGCCUUAGUUACGGGAGCGCACCACAUGUUCUCCUCAGCACUGAAGGACCUUCUGUCGUGUCCCUGGUCAGAACAGUCAGUAGUGAUGGAGUUGUUUACGCCUGGGGCCACAAUGGAUACAGCCAGCUUGGGAAUGGGACGACCAACCAAGGUAUUGCUCCUAUCCAAGUCUGUACCAAUCUCCUGAUCAAGCAAGUGGUUGAAGUGGCUUGUGGCUCACAUCAUUCCAUGGCUCUGGCAGCUGAUGGAGAGGUAUUUGCUUGGGGUUAUAAUAACUGUGGCCAGGUGGGAUCAGGAUCCACAGCAAAUCAGCCAACUCCUCGAAAAGUUACAAACUGUUUACAUAUUAAGAAGGUAGUUGGCAUUGCCUGUGGUCAGACCUCGUCCAUGGCUGUCCUGGACAACGGUGAGGUGUAUGGCUGGGGUUACAAUGGCAAUGGUCAGCUGGGCCUGGGGAACAAUGGCAAUCAGCUGACCCCUGUGAGAGUGGCGGCUUUACACAGCGUUUGCGUGAAUCAGAUCGUCUGCGGCUAUGCACACACUCUAGCACUAACAGAUGAGGGCUUGCUGUAUGCCUGGGGAGCUAACACGUAUGGGCAGCUGGGAACUGGCAAUAAAAAUAACCUGCUAAGCCCCACACACAUCAUGGUGGAGAAAGAAAGGGUAGUAGAGAUUGCAGCCUGUCACUCUGCCCACAUCUCUGCUGCCAAGACCCAGGGCGGAAACGUGUACAUGUGGGGCCAGUGUCGUGGCCAGUCGGUCACUCUGCCUCACCUCACCCGCUUCUCCUGCACCGAUGAUGUCUUUGCCUGCUUUGCCACUCCCCCCGUCACGUGGCGCCUGCUGUCUGUAGAGCAUGAAGAUUUCUUAACCGUUGCAGAGUCACUAAAGCAAGAAUUUGAUAGUCCAGAAACUGCUGAUCUGAAGUUUCGAAUUGAUGGGAAAUAUAUUCAUGUCCAUAAAGCUGUUUUAAAAAUCAGGUGUGAGCACUUUCGAUCUAUGUUCCACUCUUACUGGAAUGAGGACUCAGAGGAAGUGAUAGAAAUAGACCAGUUUUCUUACCCUGUGUAUCGUGCCUUUCUCCAGUACCUGUACACAGAUGCAGUUGAUCUGCCGCCUGAAGACGCUAUAGGUCUUUUGGAUUUGGCAACAUCUUACUGUGAAAACAGACUGAAAAAGCUUUGUCAGCACAUUAUCAAGCGAGGAAUUACUGUAGAGAAUGCCUUUUCAUUAUUCUCCGCUGCAGUCAGAUACGACGCAGAGGAUUUAGAAGAAUUCUGCUUUAAGUUUUGUGUCAAUCAUUUGACAGAAGUUACACAGACUGCAGCGUUUUGGCAAAUGGAUGGCCCCCUGCUCAAGGAGUUCAUUGCUAAAGCCAGUAAAUGCGGAGCCUUUAAGAACUGAAGCUGAAGGCCGUGCAUGCUGCGUGAGUGCUCUGGGGCACUGCUGACGGUGUGUCCUGUUUGUGCCCAAGGGGGAUGUAAUUUUGCAGGUAAAAACCUCAUUCAGGCUGUUUUUCUCACUCUGAGGCACAGCUGUCUGUGUGGGCUUAUCCGAAGGGUGUAUGGCUUUUCCUGAACCCGCUUAAAGCAACUAUUGUUUCCAGAUGUGUGUAUUUUAAAUGUGACGUUUCUUACAUUUGGGCUGGAACAUUGUAAAAGGGUGAGGGUUUUGCUUUUUUUGAUUAAAGGAACGUCUGCACCUUGGAGACCUUGGAAAGGUGGAGGCAACUCUCCCAGGUCACAUAUCAGGAUACCAGGAGUUACGAUGGCUCACAGUUGUGAUACAGACAGAGGACCCACCGUGAAGUGAGAUGCCGACCUCGGGGCUUGUUGAAGUGCUGCAGCAGUUGCUAGUUCAGUUACUGUGAAGGAAUAGUUACAGUCAUUUCAGGCUUUUGUUUGUGUGCUUGCACUGGGAUGGCUUUUUUAACUUCGUGGUAUAUUGAAGUAAUAUUCAGUUUAACGUGAGUUAAGUCUAUUGAAAUGAUAAUUAUGUAAAGAUAAAAUUUCUAGGUUUGACAAGAUUUCUGUUCAGAUUUAAGCGCACAUAAAGAGUAGUGAUUUAGAACUAUCCGUGAGGAUGGUAAUGAAAGAAACUUUGUUUGGAUAAAGAAGAUGUCUUGUAAGUUAGAAUCUCUACCACUUACCCAAUGGUGUUUUAGCUUAUCAAGGUAAAAUCUGAGGACAUAAAUUUAAAUUGCUCCCCUCACCUUUUCCUCUAUAAAUGUUGACUCAUAAGAAGAAACUAAUGAUAUAUUCAGUGUAUUCUUUCUUCAUAAAUUAUGUACAAGAUCUCAUGGAGAUCUCGUACAUAAGACUUGAACAAAGUGGUUCUUAAAACCAACUUUCUUACAGGUCUUAACAGAAUUUGCAUUAUUUAUUUUAUCUCGGCCAAAUACCAUCACAAAUUCGCUUUUUUGAAACCUCACCAGCUUCCUCUUUUGUUUUAGAUGUAAUAUUUAGCAUAAUGAAAUCCUGAAAAGGGGUCAAAAUUAUGGUUUUCCUGAAAAGAUCCUACUGAAGAGACAGUUGCUCUGUUGUUUUUGGUCUGGUCAUGAAACAUGACUUUGUGAAGAGUGUUCCUCUUUGUGUUGUAUCAUGUGUCCCCUCAGCUUGCUUUCUGGUCCAUGAACUCAUUUCCAUUGGUGUGAGCUUCCUUAGCGAUUUUUGUUUUCUGCUUAGAAGGUCCCCUGUCUAAAUUUGGAUCCUGAAUAUAUUUUCAGACCCAAAUUAAUAAGGUGAACCAGGUGCUACGGCUACUGUUUUUAGCCAUGUUCUUAAAUGGAUGUGUAUUUGGGGAGGCAGUGAGACCCCAGAUAGGAAUUUGUUGAUAAGCAAAAUAAAUACAAACCUAGACGCUCCAGCAGCCUUUUCUUGGCCAUGUUGCAAAUGAUUGAAGUCCAAUUAAUUAUUAGGUUAGAACUGGUUCUGCAACAUGAUAGAGUUUUCUUAUUAGGUUGAUAAAUGUGCACAUCUAUUAGCUAUGAUGGAUAGUGUUUGUAACAAUCACUGUUCUGUAGGCUUACGAUCUAAACAAAAUGUGAACUUCAAUAUGUCUACUGUCAUUCUUACUUGAAAAAAAAUUUAUUAAAAAAAUGCAAAUUAAAGUAGUAUAUCCAUUUGCGUAGAUAGUUCAUUCGUUCAACAAAUAGUUACUGAGUUCCUAACGGGUUAAGAACCACUUCUCAGAUUACUGAGUAAUUUGUAUGAGUAUGGAUGGUAGUGAAGAGGACAGUAGUAUAAGUCUUUCAGAAAGUCCUUGGAUGUCUUUUUUUUUUUUUUUUUUUUUUUAAUGCACACUCUUGUUUUUUUACUUGGUUUUGUUGUUAGUCGUAACCGGAAAUGAAAACUAUUCUCUCAAAUUGAUUUUUUUCAACUGAUGUAAUAAUGGAAGCCAAAGUAUUCACAUUUCUUCGAAUAGCCCUAAAUGUACUUUUGAACUUACUGGAACAAUGUUUGAUACUCCAGUAUAAAGACUGUAUUUAUGUAAUGUUUAGAAUGACACACUAAUAAAGUGAUCUGUUGAAGCAGGCAUGUAGAGUUCUUUUUCUCCCCCCUUAAAAGCCAGUAGUAUGAUUGUUCAUAGGUAUUAGGGUAAAAACAGGUACCACCAUAAACAUAUCAACUGCUUGAUUCCCAACUACACACACACACAUACACACGCAUGCACGUGCACAGAAAUCCUUUAAUUCCUGCUGAAAGACAGUACAGUUGAAUUGUCACAGCUGAAAAAUUUAUAUUGAUCCUUUGGGGUACAUAUAAACGAAGGGAGAGACAGUCCCCAUCCUCAAGGAACAUAAGUUAUUAGGACAGAUAGAUAGGCUUAGGUACUAAUGACACAAUAAUGUAUGUACAAAUAGCUUUUCUUAAUAUUCAAUUAGACAAAACAUAAUAGAGUUAAUCUUAGAAGUUGUUCUGAAGAUAAUUCUUGUGCUGUGUAGAGGAAAACAUAAAAUGUCCUUCUAUCUCAUCUCCAAAAUGACAGGUUAGUUGUACAAGCAAAGGCUUCAAGGCAGGGGAUAAAGAGUCUUUCAGAACUUAUUGUAAGCAAGUUAGCUUGGUUAGAAUGGAGAGAGUAAGCCAGGGCCUAUGAGGAGGAGACAUCAGCAAGAGUGUGUGUGUGUGUGUGUGUGUGUGUGAGAGAGAGUGGUUGGUAACUUUUAGAUCCCACAGUGCCAGCUAUUGUUGCCCAUGAUUCUUAAAAAUUUUCUUAUUUACUGCCUUCAUUUUGUCCCAUAAAGUAGGCAGAAUUAGGCUCACAUAGAUUAAAUAAUUUGAUUAAAGUUUUUCAGGAGUAAGUGACAUAGCUGAAAUUCAAGCCCAGGUUUAUUUUAACAGUUUGCCCAGUAUUUGCCCACUGCAUGAUUCCCUGUCUUAGUCUGGGUUCUCUGUUGCUGUUAGGUGCUGUCGAGUGCACUCCGACUCACGGCAACCCUAUCUGUGAAUAACGGUCCUGGUCCUGCACCAUCCCUUUGAGCCCGUGGAUGCAGCCAUUGUUAUCAGUCCAUCUCAUUGAGGGUCUUCAUCUUUUUCUCCAACCCUCUACUUUACCAAGCAUGAUGUCCUUCUCUAGGGACUAGUCCCUCCUGGUAAUAUGUCCAAAGUA